CGUCUACACACUACGGCCAGCCCUUUUCGUCACCUACGGAUCCGGCGCUACCAUCAGGACUACGUACGUACGAGUCAGCAACCGGUGGCCUAGAGAAGGCUUGACGGGCCAUUAAAGGCUGGUACAACUCAUCUUCCAUUCGUUCCGCCCUGGGCCCCAUUCCGAAUCAAGCAAGUGGCUUUUGCAAAACGUCUCAAAGGAGCCUUCAACCCUCUUACCAAGUACUCGCAAACUGGACUAUUGCACGCCUCCGACUUUCUGGAAGCCCGCGGGAAGCAGACAACUUUUGUUUCAACCUAGAGAUUGGUGCCCUUCGACUGCUGAUUCAUGCCUUGGCCCGCUUCGAGUUCGUCAGACCUGGCCCGUCGGUUACCGGAUCCGGCCUGCGCCAUGGUUAGCUCGGGAGCCAUCCAUUCCAAGGAGGAAUGGGAGACGUGGAAGAAAACAAUUACACAUCUGUACCUGUCCGAGAAGAGAAAGCUCCGAGAUGUGAGGGAGAUUAUGAUACAGAAACAUGGGUUUCGCGCGACCAUACACCAGUACAAGAUCAGACUCCAACAAUGGGGCCUCGAGAAGAACAAUAAGGAGAGUGACAUGAGAUACAUGUCGGCCAAGGCCGCUCAGAGAGCUGCUCAGGGCAAAAAGUCGGCCUUUCGCGUCAGGGGCAGAGACAUAUCACAAGCUGAGCUCGACCGAUACUGGCAUCGCAAGCAUCAUGGCCAUCAAAAAGGUUCUUCUGCAGGGAUCGGAGAAGACAUUGACCUGUCCUCCAUGCCGGAAGAAAUCGAGUGCUACACGCCUGCGAGCAGUCGUCCAAGCUCUCCAACUCCGCCCAGUCUAGACCCCCCACAGCCGCCCGAGGCGAUCUACCGGGAUCCCGCCGUUGUGCCCAACCAUUCCGCCGGGACACCUAUUGACACGCCUGUCUAUAUCACAACACCCCCAGCAGCGCUGAUAUCACCACCCCGAACAGAGCUGGUCAGCCCUACGAGUGUCAAACCAAUCAAAUCACGACCUGAAUCACCUCCCGAAAUUCUCCUUCUACGACAGCAACAGCGGCGGAAACCACCAAAUGUAAAGACGGAGGAGGAGUCGCCCGAGAGCAGUCCCGACAACUGGCGCCGCAAGCGCAAACUCACCGAUUUACACCCACUCACACCACCCGGACACCUCCUCUCGGUUCAGACGGUGGUAACGGGCACGCGGAACUUUUACGUCCGUUUCGUGCACUCGCAGGUAGACGCAUCGGACGUGGUCAAGCAGCCGCCGCACUGGAACCUGCGGCGGUUUUACGAACUCGCCCUUUCCGUAUCUGCGCAGCUCUCCCUGCCCCAAUGGAACGACCAGCGCGACAGCAUCGUGACGCUCUACAACGACACGCUCGACCAGAUCCGGCCCAUCAUCACGCCCGACCCGAACCCGUUGCUGCUGACGUGCAUUUUCCAAAUCUGCUGCCGCUUCUGGCAGGACGGCAAGGCGCAGGCGCUGCACUACCUGCUGAGCUACAUCCGGCACGAGGUCGGCCAGAUCCACGGCAAGUCCCAUCCGCUGUACGUCAUCUGCGGCUCCCUGUUGCGCAGCCCCGAGGUGCUCUCGGACCUGGUCGUCACCGGUCUCCGCUGGGCGGUCAACGGGCUGGCGGAACGGCUAGGCGAAGAACACCCGCAAACGCUGGCGGCAGCGCGCGGACUGUACUCGGCCUAUUAUGCACAGGGGGACAUGGUUUCGGCGAAGCGGUACAUGGUUGCGGCCGUCGAGCUGGAAGAGAAGUUCCACCCGCAAGACAUUCAUGGCAGGCUAGACUUGUUGUUCAAAGUCAUUCAUUGCGAGCUGGGUAUGAACGACAUUACAUCGGCGCUGGAGAACCUCAAGAUCGUUGAGAACACGAUCGACGGUCUGCCGGGCGCGACCGAUUGGCGGGUGCGGAUGUGCUAUUUGAGGGCCAAGGGCGAGUUGUUGAGGCAGCAGGGAGACCCAAAAGCGAUCGAUGUGCUGGAGGAGCAGCUGAGGCUGGCGAGGGAGAGCAGCCCGUUGCAGACUGGUUGGUGGGCGUUGGUGUCGGCGGAGAAACACCUGGAGUUUGCGAAAAGGUCGGUUAGGACGCAGGAUAGGAUGGUGCCUUACCUGGUCCCUUGCUAAUGGCUUUCAUAUCUCGGUCCCUUGCUAAUGGCUUUCAUAUCUCCCCGUCCUUUGGCUGGUUGAUGGGUGGCUUUGGAGCAGAAAUAAUGUCUUUCUUUGUUCUUUGUGUUGUGUUUUCCUUAUGGAAAGAGCGGAGGAGUUUUGAGGAGUUGGGACUUGGCUUGCGCUGAAGAGAUUGGCGCCUGGGACCUUGUUAUAUAUGUCGUUUUGCUGAUGUGUGUAGCUCGGUGGUUUGUCGGAGAGUCGGAGAAGGUCGAUCCUGCACCAAACUUCUGUAAGGAACGGGAAGGGUGGGGACGGCUCAAGGCUUACGUAACGGGCGCAAUAAUUGUAGGAGGGGCGGUACAUCACUCGAGGCAUCGAAGAUGGACGCAAGCUGGUACUUUGAAGGGCACUACCUACCUAAGUACCUACCUACCUUUUUAUGAUAUGAUCGGUAGAGUUGUUUGCCCACAAAUUCUGUGUCAGUCAAGAAAAACUCGGAACAUCGACGCCGAAACGUUAGAUACCAAGGAAA